CAAACCCUCUAGUGGUGGGUUCAGGCAAGGUUUCCAUUUUCUGAUCAGUGACAAAUUUCAAAUCCAUUAUUAUUUUCCUCGAGCUGUCGUGGUAUGCACGUAGUGCAUGUCGAAUUCAGAAGGUGGAUUAUUUCUAAAACGUUGUCGAACGUUUGAAUGUAAAAUGACGUCUGUGGACUCUGGGGUCGAGACGGGUAACGAUUCGAACGAUAGUUUCAUCGUUCAGCAUGAAAAUCUGUCAUCGGACCAAAUCGCCAAUGUCAGUUCAGCUAUUGUAACCACAACCAGUGGGGAGAAAGGAAUACACGAGAACGAGCCAACUACUUUCCGUAUAGACUUCGCGUCCCUCGAUUUUCGACCGCCAAUUACAUCCUAUUCCACGUUUGAAAAUUUCAAUUACACUCGUGAUACUCAAAGUUCAUCGCCGACCAGCAGCAUUGGACCAGUUGCACGCUCCUCCAAGGUUUUAGAGUUUGGAUUUCCUCGUAUGUACAAUGUUGAUAGACUAUCAAUAUGUAUGGAACUGUUAAAAAGCAAAUAUUAUUAUCAUAAAAAGAGGAGAUUUUGCAAAUCAUUCAGAACUCGUCAUUAUGUCACUUGUAUUGAUCCUUUCAUCGAACGCAAAAUGCGACUCGCAGCAGCAAUAAACAAUACUAUGAUGGUGAGAAGACUUUUAAUCAGUGGCGUAUCACCUAACAAUCAUGAUGCGAAAGGACGGACUCCUCUACACUUUGCUUCUUGCAGGGGUUACACAGAAAUGGUACAGAUAUUACUAGAACAUGGCGCAGAUCCUAAUCAAUGUGAUUGUGUAGGCAACACUCCAUUACAUUUAGCAGCUGUGACAUGUCAAAUAUCAGUGGUUACACUGCUCUUAAAAGCAGGAGCAGAUAUCUUAUCUUUGGAUCAACAUGGUUAUAAUCCGUUACAAUUAGCACAGACAAAAUUGAAAUUAUUACAAAAUUGUAAGGGAGAGAGUAUGCUAAGAGUCAAAGAAGAAGUCCAUAAUAUAGUUAAUAUGUUAUUGGCAUAUUUGCAAAAGCAGAAAGAUGCCCAUGAAAAAGUCGAAACUCUGAGCAGCUUUUACUCGCGUUUAUCUCUGUCUAAUACAUCCGAUCAAGUUCAGGAUGAUGUCAAAGAUUUGCUGGCUAAUUUAGACGCUCUUAGUAUAACGAGUUAAUUGUUUUCAGUACCGGAUUGUCAGUUUUAUUGACAAAUUAAACAUAACACGGAAUUGAAGAAAAGAUCAACAGCAUAUAUUAAAUUCUUUGCUAUAUCUUAAUGAGUUCUUUGUUUUAGUUAUUUAACGCGUUGUGAGAAAGAUUUUUUUUUAACUUAUAUCUGCGCGUGAAAUAAUGUUAAAGUUUUAAUGUACAAAAUGUUAGGAUUGUAGGUAAGUCAGUUAUGUGAAUGUUGAAUCGAUACGUUAAUGUAUCGUGAAUCGAGAACCAACUUCCAUUUUAUCAGGAGUUGUGAUUUACACGUUAAUGACAUAUUCGAUGUCGUUAUAUUCUUUAUUAUUUCAAUUUGGAUUUCUUAAGAAAACAUUUUCUUUGUCUGCCACUUAAAUUGCUUUUAACAAACGUUUUACGUUGCUUAUCACUAUGACCUGCCACUAGUAUCCAAGGUAACUAAAUUAGGUGUCUUUAAUUUUGAAAGACAGAUUUAAAAAUAAUGCUCCUACGAGUUAAAAAAACAGCUCAAUUCUAGAAUAACUGCAAGCCUUAAAUACUAAAUACAAUACAUUUAUACAAAAAUUACAGUUUGCAUGGCCUCUAAGGAGUGUGUCUCUGCAUCUUUUUCACAGCCAUUGUUCUUAACUGAUUACAAAAGAAAACUCAGAUCCUGUGGAAAUACAAGAAUCCCAUCAUAGUACAUAAUAACUUCACCGAUACGUUCUUUACAUGUUAAUUUCUAAGACAAGGUAAUGCAUGAUUAGAGAUCCCAUUAAUUUGUUGAAUUUGAAUAAAUUGUACUGGGUAAUUUUUAGAAUAUGUUUACAAACUAUGCCAUGCAAUAUAAUAAUAACAACAGUAAGCUUAUUUAAAAUGUUUGUGGCAUCAUCUUUUAUACAGGUAAUAAUGAUAAAAAAAGUAAUAAGAUUUACACGAUGUGUAUUAAAUUCGCCGAGCUGCAAAUAGAGUGCUAAUAGCAAAGAUAUGUUACAAUUGUGUAUAUGUAUAACAGUAAUUGCUACAUGUUUAUUUUUAUAAGUUUUAAAAGUUUAAAAAAAGAAUACAUAGUUUAUAUUAAUAUAUUUUUACUGUAAUGAUACGUAUUUACAAAUUAAUUAUAUUAAUUUUUUGCUUUUUUAUACUGUUAUAUUUUGCAAACCAUUGUAAGGCUGUGGGUAUCUGUACAGUAACAAAAUAUUUACUUUUUUCUUUCUUUCAAUUUUCAAAUGAUACUUGAAAUCAUAGACAUGAUAGUGUAAAAGCAAAUUUUACACUAACAUUGCCGUCAAAAUUUUAUAGAAUCUAUCGUACACCGAUUCAUUUUUAUGUUAUCGUAUAUACUCUUUUUCACUCUGUUUGCAGCCUUAAUAUUAUACGAUAAGUGAUAAAUAAAUAUAUAAACAAUUAAAUAACUUACGAGCAUUAUACUUUUUGUGUCUGAAAAUCGAAUCCUAUUUAAAAUGUUAAAUUAAAACGGCAGUGUUUACAUGAAAAGAACUUAUCCUUUACUAUGCUAUAUAUUAUUAAAAAUCACUUUUGGACAAAGAAAAAAUAUAAUGCAUCAGAGUAUACACCGUCACGUAUAAUCAGAGAUUUGCAUGGAUUCUUGGGGAAAUUAAUAAAAUUCAACUUAAAGAAUAGAAUUCUUUUUACUGUUUCAGAUUUCGUAAUUAUCGAAAACAUAAGCCAAUGUCAUUGUGUAUAUUAUGUCUAAGAAAAUAAGAAUACAAUUCAAAAUCAUCCUACAUACUUUUAGUAACUUCUCAUGUUUAAUAAUUAUACCCGUCUGUUUUCAUAUUCUUCUAAAUCUAAAAUGACGAAACAAAUCUCAUUUCAUUUUACGGCAUGAAAGUCGCUUCGAAAUUUCGAUAGUUACUUCGUAUUGGAUGAAAUGAGGCUAACCUAAAACAUCUUAUAUAAGAAGUUACUAAGUCCAGAGAUGAGAACAUAGAAAAAUUAAAAAUGGGGCAACCUGUAUAUAUGUACUAUAUGGGUAGACGUAUUCCUUGCAAUCAAUAUUUAUUGAAGUUUUCUGAUUUUUAAAACUGAAAGUUUCUUUUCUAAACAUUCUUUGAUUCUCCAUAUUUGUGCUUUUAAUGUAACUCUAUACCAUAAUUGAACUUGUAUUUAAAAUCAGAUAGAAUUAUAACAUUUUUUUUAUAUUAAAUAGGAGCAAUUAAUAAAUGAACAAAAUGUAGAAACUUGAUAUAUAUAAAAAUAAUAGUUCUUAAUUAUCAAUUUUUGAUUAACUUUUGUGUUAAGUUUAUAUACAGAUUUCUAAAUGAUUAAUAAUUAACAUUUUUACAGUUAUAACAAUUCUUAUGAGUAACAUGUAAAUUUUGUUGUUAUUGACUCAUCUUUGCAUUGAUACAAUGUUAUAUCUUCUAUAAUGUUACCUUCAACAUCAUAUUUUUGAGCAAUUGUUAGGUACAUAAAUAACUUUCAUGUAACUUUAAACUAUUUAGAUCCCCUGAAAAAUAUUGCGCAUUUUAAAGCUUUAUCAAACAAUAACUAUAACAGAAUUCUUUAAAUACAAAAAAUACGUUUUAUUGUUGCUCUUUUUAUCUCUUGCUCAAAAAUGCAUCAUUGUCCAAAUGAGAUGAUGAUUGUAUGUGAUAAUGGGAUUGGACUACACAUUUGCUAAAUUAUAGUUUUGUUCCUAAUGAUGUGAAAGUAUACAAAUAAACAAAUGCAAAAUAUGUACAUAUAUAAACGAUUUAAGUUAAAAUUAAAAUUGUGCAAUAUUUUUUGGGACACUCGAAAAUUAAUAACUUUGUUACGUCAACAAAUUUAUUAUCAUCUAUAACCACUAUUAUACUAAAAAACUUUUAUUAAAGUCAAGAUUAAUGGAAGAAUUAUAUACAUUUGGAUUUCAAAAAUGAUAAAUAAUACUUUGAGCAACAAUAUAUCAUUUUUUAAACAAAUGUGCCGUUAAAUAUUUCUUUUUAAUUAAAUAAUUAAAAUUUUUUACAGAGCCGUAAAUUAAAUACAUAUCACAUAAUGUCGUAUACAGAUUCAAUUUACAAUAUUACUUAUGAACAAUUCAAUUAGUCUUCUUUAGAAGUAUUAAACAAGAAUUAUUAGCUGCACUUUCUGUGAUUGAGAAUAAUAAAAUAGGGUUGCCCAAAUGUUUUUUUUUGUUUACAAUUGUUAUCAACGAAAGUAUCGCAAUUCUCUGAUGCUUUGAGAGAGCUGUAAUAAUUAACAAUUUAUGUUCAUACCAUAUAGCAUACGAAUUAAGACCAUAAACAUACAUACUUGUAUUUCGUAAUCUAUUAAGUCUAUAAUAUUUCGAAUGUGAAAGUGUUUGAAAUUUGUAAUGUAGGUAUAAACAUAAGAUUUAGCAUGAUAGAAAUAAAAAUUGAAAAACA